AUGCAGAACCACGCUACUACCCACAUUACCCCCACGCAAAAGUCAUCCCGCAACAUUCAACAAAUGCCUCACACGGCAGCCGCUAGAAACAGCCUAGCGCCCUACCAGGAACAAUUGCAUCGCGAGUCUUUGCAAGAUCCGAUCGGAUUUUGGGCGCGCGCUGCAGAUGAGAUCACAUGGCAUAACAAAUGGUUCCCCACCGGAGAGCUCAACACGUGCUUUAAUGCCCUCGAUCGCCAUGUUCUUGCUGGAAAUGGCAGUCGAUCCGCCAUCAUUUACGAUUCCCCAGUGACUAAUCGCAAAGAGCGCAUCAGUUAUGAGCAGCUCUUGCACAAGGUAGCGACAUUUGCCGCCGUUCUCCAAGAUCAUGGUGUGAAAAAGGGUGAUACCGUUAUCGUUUACAUGCCCAUGGUCCCCGAAGCACUAGUAGCCAUGCUGGCAUGCGCACGUCUUGGUGCUAUUCAUAGCGUUGUAUUUGGUGGAUUUGCGCCAAAGGAAUUGGCAAAGCGUAUUGACGAUUGCAAACCAAAUAUCAUUCUCACUGCGACAUGCGGAAUUGAACCCAACAAGAUUAUCAAGUACAAGCCCAUGCUGCAGGCCGCGAUUGAUCUAUGCAAGCACAAGCCAAAGACGCGCAUCAUCUUACAGAGAGCCCAAGCGCCAGAGUCGAUUAACGCCGCAGCUGGUGAGCUCGACUGGCAUGCGCAAGUGGCGGCGGCAGAAUCCCGCGGUGCAAAAGCAGAUUGCACCAUCGUCAGUGCUCUUGACCCCCUAUAUCUUCUCUAUACCUCUGGCAGUACGGGUGUUCCCAAAGGAGUUAUUCGCGACAAUGGCGGGCAUGCUGUGGCCAUUAACUGGACAAUGAAGCACAUUGUCGGGCUGAAUGCUGGCGAUGUCUUCUUUUCGGCUUCCGAUGUGGGCUGGGUUGUAGGCCACAGUUUCAUCGUUUACGGUCCUCUCAUCCGAGGAUGCACCACCGUAGUAUACGAAGGCAAGCCGGUUGGCACUCCCGAUGCUGGUGCCUUUUGGAGAGUUGUUGAAGAGUACGGCGCAAAGUCUCUAUUUACAGCACCAACGGCUAUUCGUGCAAUCAAGAGGGAAGACCCAACGGGCAAGCUUAUCAAAAAGUACGACAUCAGUAGCCUCAAGAAUUUGUUCUUGGUCGGCGAGCGAUCGGACCCCGACACGGUCGCUACAUACCAACGCAUGCUCAACAUACCUAUUCGGGACAACUGGUGGCAAACUGAGACUGGAUGGCCAAUGACCGUUGCUUGCGAAAUGACUUCCCCUGACUUGUCUUCCACAACAAAGAUUGGCGCUGCCGGACCUCCGAUUCCUGGGUACGACGUUCGGGUGCUUGUCUCUGCUGGCGGUGUUGUUCGCGAAGACGACGACCACCACACCGAAUACGUCGAAGCCAAACCUGGGCAGCUUGGUACUCUCGCUGUCAAGCUCCCUCUUCCCCCCGGUACUUUCCCAACUUUGUGGAAGAACCACAAUGGCUAUGUAAAGAGCUAUUUCAAGAAAUUCCCUGGUUAUUACGACACAGCUGAUGCCGGGUUAAUUGACGAGGACGGCUAUGUAAGUAUCAUGAGCCGCACCGACGAUAUCAUCAACACUGCGGGACAUCGCUUGAGCACGGGUGCUAUGGAAGAGAUUGUAGCUGGCCACAAGGAUGUCGCAGAGUGCGCAGUUAUUGGUGCUCAAGAUGCGCUCAAGGGCGAAAAGCCUCUUGGGUUUAUCGUCCUCAAAAACGGCACAACAUCCACCCACGCCGCCAUACUUUCUGAUCUCACGCGCGCCAUUCGCUCUCAGAUUGGUGCGAUUGCCUGUUUCGACAAAUGCUUUAUUGUCCAGCGUUUGCCAAAGACCCGAUCCGGCAAAGUUCUUCGUCGAACACUACGGGCAAUCGCCAAUGGUCAGAAGUAUGAAGUGCCUGCCACCAUUGAGGAUGAGGCGGUUUUGAAGGAGAUUGAGGCGUUAUUUAAGGUGGAUGACAAGGUUAAGGCGAAGUUGUGA